UUGUUGAUAUUGUAAACACAAAUGUUGACGUUGAUUGAUUUUUUAGUUUAUGUAAAAUAAAUAUUUACUACAAUUUUUAACUAUAAAUAAGAGGUACUGGCACAACUAGAAUCAACUUUCAGUUCGUCUUGUUGGAAACCGGUCAAAGGCAACUAACAGGAUGAGGACUGUACUAAGUCUUUGCGUUAUUAUUUCUACUGCUUUGGCAUGCCCAAUAAAGAAACCCUCGUGUUCAGGUGUGCCUAAAAUAUGUCCUAGUGAAUGGGACAUUAAAGAAUUUGAAUCUCAAUAUGCAACAUUAGCAUUCCAAAAAAAAUGGCACGUACAAAUGACAACACCAUUUAUGGUACCUGGAAGUGACCCAUUAAAAACUGGACUUUUCUGUAGUUGUUAUCCAAGCACCUUAAAUGAAUUGAUAUUCACGGAUACCACACCUUGUGAUGAUACUGAUUUCAACACUGAAUACGAAGUGAUUGAUCAAUCAUUCAAUAUCUACACCCAAACUAUAGAACAAACAAGAUUAUUGUUUAGUCCAGCAUAUGGGAAAUGUAGCAAAUAUGCACUCUUUAACGUUGGAACAGAAAAUUAUUAUAAAAACCCAAUAAUCGAAAAAUAUCCAUUCGUUGACGACACUUUAAUCAGACACAAAAUCGAGGGUUUUUGUCAGAGAGAAUAUACGGUCGCUGUGAUCGGUGCUGAUAAAUUUUGGGAAGAGUAUAUGGUUUUAGUCGUUAUCAACCGAUAUGAAAACUUAUUCUGCGACAAUGAUUAUUUAAUAUUUGUAUUGACAAGAGCACUUGUACCUGAAUGGAGUACCUACAAUAAAGCAUUCGAAGACAUUCAGAGGAGUAAACUCAACCCUUACCAUUUGAUAAGUGUUGAUCAUUCAUAUGAUUCAAUUGCAUCAUCACUAUCACCUACAGGAUCUUUAAUACCUACAGGAUCUAAAAUACCUACAGGAUCUUCAAUACCUUCAAUAUCUUCGGUACCUUCAUUAUCUUCAGGAACCUCAAUAUCUUCAUUGUCUGGUGAUAUUGAUAGCGCGAUACAACAAACUUCCACAACUACACAAUCAGUAACAAAAUCCGUUGAUAAUGGUAACAGUUACGGUUUUUCAACAAUUUCAACAACUACAGUGCAGACAUCGAGUGUUAUAAUUGACUUAAGUCCAGAUUUCACUAGUCCUUAUGAUAUUGGACCCUGUGGUUUAUACAACAGAUACAACAGUGGCCGAAUCUAUAAGGGCCUGGAUCUUAGAACUGUUAGAGAAGCCAUGAGUGGACAUUAUUACUUAUCCCAAUGUACACCAGUUUCGUUAGACGAUAAUCCCAAGGCAAAAAUUGGAAUGAUAAAUACUGCUUUCCCUGCAUCCGCAUUGCAAUUAUCGAUUGAUGAUUCAUGUAAGGAUGAUUGGGAUGUCAAUACUCCUUAUAUGUUCGUGGAUCGUGGUAUGAAUAUGAGGACCGGUUUAGUUCAAGAAACGAGAGGUUUUAUAAUGUCCGCUUAUCCUGCAGAUCAUGAAUUUGGUUCAACCGUUUUUGCACUGUUUCAUGAAGGAUAUUAUCCAAACCCAAUAAAAGAAUUGAGUCCACUUAACUUGGAUGGAAUGGUUUGCAAACGACCUUUUGAUAUAUAUCAAUACCAAGUCAUAUUAAGUAUUAUAGGAUACAGCCCGGGUGAAUACUUAAUUUUAUGCAUUGCAAACCAGUUCAAGAACACUUUCUAUAAUACAGAUACAACACCUAUAAUCCUAUGUUAUACAAGAGAUCAAAUCCCAAGUCAGAGCACAAUGAAUAAGAUAACCCAAGAAAUCUUGCGUUGUGGAUUUAACCCAAAUGUCUUAGUCAGAUUUGAUCAGACGAAUAAAAUUGAUAGCAAUUAUGUAUUUGAUAGAUCAUUAUAUGAAUCACCAGUGACUCCUUUUUCUUCGUCUAGAAGUUUGGAUUUAACUCUUGGAGGUUCUCCUUUAUUAGACCUUCCUAAAAUAUGUCCACCAAACUGGAUCGUUAAAACUUUUGACGACCAAUACUCUACCCUUGCAUUCCAAAGAACAUGGCGCGUACAAAUGACAACACCAACACUCAUACCAGGAAACAACCCAUUAAAAACAGGACUUUUCUGCAGUUGUUUCCCAAGCACCUUAAAUGAAUUAAUAUUCACGGAUACCACACCUUGUGAUUCUACCGAUUUCAACACCGAGUACGAAGUUAUUGAUCAAUCAUUCAAUGUCUACACCCAAACUAUAGAACAAACAAGAUUAUUGUUUAGUCCAGCAUAUGGGAAAUGUAGCAAAUAUGCACUCUUUAACGUUGGAACAGAAAAUUAUUAUAAAAACCCAAUAAUCGAAAAAUAUCCAUUCGUUGACGACACUUUAAUCAGACACAAAAUCGAGGGUUUUUGUCAGAGAGAAUAUACGGUCGCUGUGAUCGGUGCUGAUAAAUGUUGGGAAGAGUAUAUGGUUUUAGUCGUUAUCAACCGAUAUGAAAACUUAUUCUGCGGAAAUGAUUAUAUCAUUUGGGUAUUGACAAGAGCACUUGUACCUGAAUGGAGUACCUACAGUAAAGCAUUCGAAGACAUUGAGAGAAGUGGUCUAAGCGCUAACUAUUUGAUAAGCGUUGAUCAUUCGUAUGAUUCGAUUGCAUCAUCACUAUCACCUUCAGGAUCCUUAAUACCUACAGGAUCUUUAAUACCUACAGGAUCUAAAAUACCUACAGGAUCUAAAAUACCUACAGGAUCUUCAAUACCUUCAAUAUCUUCGGUACCUUCAUUAUCUUCAGGAACCUCAAUAUCUUCAUUAUCUGGUGAUAUUGAUAGCGCGAUUCAACACACUUCCACAACUACACAAUCAGUAACAAAAUCCGUUGAUAAUGGUAACAGUUACGGUUCUUCAACAACUUCAACAACUACAGUGCAGACAUCGAGUGUUAUAAUUGACUUAAGUCCAGAUUUCACUAGCCCGUUUAGUAUUGGACCAAGUAGUUUAUACAAGGGUAUCCAAAUCUAUAAAGGCCUGGACUUUACAACUGUUAGAGACGCUAUGAGUGGAUUAUAUUACAUGAUCCAAGGUUCACCAUGCUCAUUUGGCAAUAGCCCAGAUACGAGAGUCGGAAUGUUAAAUACUGCUUUCCCUGCAUCCGCAUUGCAAUUAUCGAUUGAUGAUUCAUGUAAGGAUGAUUGGGAUGUCAAUACUCCUUAUAUGUUCGUGGAUCGUGGUAUGAACAUGAGGACCGGUUUAGUUCAAGAAACGAGAGGUUUUAUAAUGUCUGCUUAUCCUGCAGAUCAUGAAUUUGGUUCAACCGUUUUUGCACUGUUUCAUGAAGGAUAUUAUCCAAACCCAAUAAAAGAAUUGAGUCCACUUAACUUGGAUGGAAUGGUUUGCAAACGACCAUUUGAUAUAUACCAAUACCAAGUCAUAUUAAGUAUUGUAGGAUACAGCCCGGGUGAAUACUUAAUUAUAUGCCUUGCAAACCAGUUCAAUAACCCCUUCUUCAACUGUGGUGACGAACCAUCAUACAAUCUUUAUUGUUAUACUAGAGAUAGAAUUCCAUCCCAGAAAAUAUUGGCCAAUAUAAAUCAAGAAAUAUUGCGCUCUGGAUAUAAUCCAAACAAGUUGGUCAAAAUAGAUCAGACUGCGGAAAUAGGUGUAAGUUACACAUUUGAUCGUUCAUUUUUUGAAUCGACCACUUCAUGUUGGAGUAGCAGUAGCAGCAGUAGUUAUAGCAUGAGUAGUUCAUCUUAUUCAUCUACAUCAUCAUCAAUUAGCAUAGGGUGUUAAAUAAUUUAAUAUAUAUUAUACAUUAUGUCAAUACACUCAAUUCAAUAAAUAAAUAUAAAUAGCA